GGUAACUGUAGUAUAUCUGUCAGGAAACCCAGGCUGUGGGAAAAGUGAAGUGGCCAGGCAAAUUGGAGAACGAUUCUUCGAUGAAAAGAGCACGGAAAGGAAUUUUUUGAUGACGGUGAAUGCAUCCACCAUUGAUACGCUUUUGCAGUCGUAUGUGGAAUUUGCAGAUAGAGUUAAAUGCGAUAAAGAUUUCGUUACGAAAAUUAAGACAUCUGAAGGUCGUUCGUCAGAAGAAAAACUUAGUGACCUCAAAUGUCGCAUCGUGCCAAAAUUACGAAAGUAUUCAUCCUGGCUUAUUGUUUGAUGAUGCUGUCAAGGCACUGUCUGAUAUUUCUGGGAUUUCUUGUCAUAACGAUAUCCCCCUUCAAAUAGCCAAGGCUCUAGAUUUCCAGCCGUUGGCUUUGGCAUGUGCUGCUGUUUACAUGAAGCAUAUUAAAAGUACCGACUGGACUAAAUACCUGCAAAAGCUCGAAGACGGCAAGCGAGAGGCAACAGAGAAGGAAUACCAAAAGAGAAGCUUAACAUAUCCUCAGACAAUGACAGCGGCGGUAAGAAUGGCCGUAGAUAAAGAAGUAAGUGAAGACAAAGUCAUGAGACAUGCUUUUGAGUUCCUAUCUGUCAUCGCACCUGAGCCGAUACCCCUCCAGUAUGUUGUCCAGUAUGUGAUGAACUGUUUGUCGGAUGAAGACGAAGAUCUUGUGGCAUCGACUAUUCGUUCCUCCUCACUUGUACUGUCCUCUAAAGAUGACUUGGAAGAGGUUCGUGUACACCAAGUUGUGCACCAUAGUCUGCAAGUAGUAAUGCUAAAUAAGGAUAAGAAAUUGAACGUCGAUAUUAUAUGGAAUGUAAUUUUAGCAUUUUCCUGGAUUAACGAAUUAGAUCUCGAUUACAUACCUGAUGUUGUUUCCACCAGGAGGCUGGUGGAACAUUUGACAGCACUAUCUUUAGUAAUCCAGAGCAACAUGGAAUUCCUACGCAAUGACGUGCUAAAUUACUCCAACCAAAAGCAUGUUGACGAGUCAUAUUGUUUAAGGAAUAUCCGAAUGAUCUGUAAUAUUCAUGGAAGAUAUGAGGCUGCAGGCAUUUGUUUUAGAAUUUCACUUAUAAUCGUUGAGCAUUUCUGUGAUGAGAAGGAUCCCCGUCUUACUAUUCUGCUAAAUGACAUAGGGGAUAACCUUUUUUACCUUGGAAACUACAAAGAAGCAGAAAAAUAUCUUAGGAAGGCGUUGUAUAAAGAAGAGAAUUCUUCUGGAGAUUGUCACUUUACAAUAAUUGCUACUCUAAAUAACAUAGGCAAAACGCUUCUUGAAUUGAGACGGCAAGACGAAGCUAUGAAGUAUGUAGAAAGGGCGUUGUCUAUUCAAAAACGAAUGUAUGGAGAGGAACAUCCACUAUGGGCUAGAACGUUAAGUAUUCAAGGAUCUAUUUUUUACCGUAUGGGUAACCUCGAACAAGCAAAACUUUGUUAUGAAAAGGCAUUAGCUAUUGAAGAAUCUCAGCAUGCAAGGGAAAGGCAUWCGGAAUUGAAUWUUACCCAAGGUAACAUGGGCCGCCUGCUGCGAGAACUUGGUCAACUAGAAGAGUCCAGACGAUAUUUGGAGAGAGCCAUURAAAGCACGGAAGGCAUUUAUGAUGRGAAACAUCCAGCUUUGGCUUUCUUAUUAAGAAACUUAGGAGACACUUAUUCUGCACAAGGGGAAUUCAAAGCUGCUCUAAGCUGUUUUGAAAGAGUCCUGGAUAUCGAAAAGAAAAAAUAUGGAGAAGAUAAACGCCCUGGACAGGCUACCACCCUCAAUCGAAUUGGAAAGUGUCUUCAUACAUUUGGAAAAUACGAAGAAUCUAAAUUUUAUUUUGAAAGGGCACUCGCUAUAAGUCAAAACGUGCAUAGUGAUGACGUAAGUCAUCCGUCUUUAGUCGAAACCAUGAAUAACCUUGCAUACAGUCUUAUCGCUCUGAAACAAUACAAAGAAGCCAACAUUCUUUUGGAAGGAGUAUUAGAAAGACAAGAAUGUUCAUUUGAAGAGAGGGACCCAAAUGAUGCUGUUAMACUUUAUAMCMACUUGAGCACAAYGYUAUACCAGAUGCAACAGCACCAAGAGUCUAAGAAGUACUUGGAUAAAGCAUUAGCARUACAAGAAAGAUGUAACAACUUACCUCCAGAAACGCUUGCAAUUACGUUCAAUAACYUGGGAAWGCAGGAAUGUAAGUUUGGACGAUACGCCAAAGCUGAUGAGUACUAUCAGAGGGCAGUGGYUAUAAAGGAAAAGAUUUGUCCUUCUCAUYCGGAGUUGGGAACAAUGUUAUCAAACAGGGGAGAAGCUCUCUCUUUGCUUGGGAAGUAUGAAGAAGCCAACGCCUGUCUAAAGAGAGCUCUGAGUAUAAUAGAAAGUGUUURUGACAAACAACAUCCUGAACAGGYGGACACUCUCCUGACACUAGGAAACAAUAGCAUCCGUAUGCAAAAUUACGAAGAAGCUGAAGCGUAUUUUAAGAAGGCAGUUUCUAWCAAUGAGAGUUACUAUGGUAAGCAGCAUYCAGAAGUAGCUGAUUCUCUUUGUGAAGUGGGGGAAACUGUUUUAAACUUGAAACAGUAUGAGGAAUGUAGGACGUAUUUCGAGAGAGCACUGACCAUCUACGAGAGUUACUAUGGUAAACAGCAUCCAAAAGUAGCCAAUACUCUUCUAAAGUUGGGGAAAACUCUUUUUCACCUGAAACAGUAUGAAAAGGGUGCGACGCAUUAUGAGAGGGCACUAUCCAUUAAAGAUAGUGACAAUGCUAAGGAACAGACAAAGAAUGCAACUAUUCUACAUAGCUUAGGAGACAGUCACGUAGAGCGUAAACAGUACGAACAAGCAGUAGUGUUCUUAGAGAAGUCUUACGCUAUUGCAAGUAGUUUUCCUGAAGGAGAAUAUCCGCUACUAGCAAAUACUGUCUACUGCCUAGGAAUCAGUAACCUUGAACUGAAGCGGUACAAAGAGGCCAAAAUAUAUCUUGAAAAGACACUGGUAAUGAUAAAAAAUGGUCUUGGUGGAGAGACUAGUCGACUGGUUGCUGAUAUACAAGAUAAACUUGCUAUCGUAACCUUCCGUAAAGAGAAGAAAAAAGAACAGAAACAGAAAAGAGAGCAAAGACAACAAGAGAAAGAACAGCGAAGAGACCAGCACAAGAAAAAGUACGUCAACAAAAGAAAAUAACAGCAGUACUCAAACUUUGAUGUGUGAACAUUAUGUAUUGACAGAGCUCGAUAACUUUCACAUCAUCAUGUCGAGUCUUCUCGGGAGUCAUGGCGACAGCUUGCCACGAUGAUCUGUCUCAUACACGCCAAGAUCUCAAUUGCUGACUGCAACACAGUGUCACGCCUAAGCUGGUGCAUAAAUUUAGCUUUUGAUAUCCACGAGAAGAUUUUUCCGAUUUAGCGGCUUAGGCACUAAUAGURUUACACACUAAUUAGCAUCAGCGUGAGUAGCCUCAGCAUUUACACUUGGAAUUGCAUAUACUUGCAGCUGAUUUACUUUUGCAAAAAUGGAGGAAAGCUAGCUAUUUUCAGUCUUCAGUGAGAAAGUAAUUUGCAAAAAGUGAAUUGAAAUAGAGGGAAGCAAUGAAAACGUGGUCAUAUGACUCCUUGUUUACACGGUGCAGCGUAAAGUUUUCUCUGUUUAUUCAAUUCUAUCAAUGCUGCUAAAAACGGCUGUUUUACGUUUUAAACGAAUAAACUAUAAACAUUGAUAAAAACGUUGAUUAAUAGGUUGCUGUAGAUUUAAUUUGCUUAGAAAAGAAAAAAAAUAGACAGUCUACGACCGCAUUUAUCAGUCUACGGGCCGGGUUAAAGAGUUUAAAGUGGUAGUAUAGAACAGCAUAUUCAAUCAGUCAAUCAAUCAGUCAAUCAAUCAAUCAAUCAAUCAAUCAAUCAUUCCAUCCAAGAGAUUACAUAUUGAGAAAAUUGAGUAUAAAGAGGAAUAUAAAAGAUACUAAUAACAAUACAUUUGUAAUACAAUGGAUAUGAAUUUUGUGUAAAAUAUCUUUCUCAAGAAUAGUAGGCAGCUCAAAAGAGAAAACGAAGGUUUAUAUUUUUGGGCUGCCUAUGUAUAGCUAAAGUAAAAUUAAUGUAAAUUAUGGUAAUUACAAUGAACAACAGAAGCACAAAGGAAAAUAUUCUUAGACAUAUUUUGAUAUAGAUUAACAAUAAUCAUAUAAAUUAAAUUGCAAGAAUGUAGCGAUUGAGUAGCUAUUUAUAGAGAGCAUAUAUUAAAAAUGGUAAUUAUGAUAAUUAUCAAAAUGAUAACUAUGAUUAUAAAAUUAUCAUUAUUAAGUAACUAGUAGAGCUAAUCUUAUCUUUUGGAGUAAAAUUUAAAUGAUGUAUAAAGUGAAGGAAGUGGGAGUCGAAUAAAUGACUGUAAAAAGUGGGGACAAAUCUCGAGGAAAUUCGCUUUAGUUCGACUAUAAAACGAAGUUGUACGUAGAUUAAAAGUUUCGAAAGACAGUGCUCGUGCUACUAAUGUACAAAAUGAAAGCCAUUUUGGACAAAACAUUUUCCAUAACCAAAAG